GCCGAAAUCUGGAGCGUCUUCAUCGCCAUGUUAAAGAAAAGCAGACGCAACCUUCACGCCUGCACCGAGGUGGGCCUGAUCGGCCGGGCCCUGGUCUUGCUGCGAGAGGCCGAUGAGGUCACAGCAGAUCUGCUCAUUGACAUGCUGGGAGUGCUGGCCAGUUACAGCAUCACGGUCAAGGAGCUCAAGGACAUGUUUGCUCUCUUGAAGGCUCGCAGUGGUGUCUGGCAACGCCACUCAACAAAGCUGAUCUCAGUGCUGCGACACAUGCCCCAGAGACAAGGGCCUGACGAAUUCUUUAGCUUUCCUGGCAAGAAAGGAUCGCACAUCGCUCUGCCUCCGAUCAAAACCUGGCCCUACCAGAAUGGAUGGACAUUCUCCUGUUGGAUCCGGCUGGACCCUGUCACUGGA